AUGGAACAAGUAAAUGCGAUUUCCGCUUCAUCUUUUUAUGGAAAAAGGUUCGCAACACUAGCGUCUGCAGAAGAUGCUAUAGCAAAUACAAAAUUCCCAAACUCAGAAAUUGAUGUGGUAAUUAUUCCACCAGAACCCGAUUACCAAACUGACGAAGAGGAGUUUGACGAAGACGAUUUGGUUACAGCUAGUCUUCCCCAAGAUGUUCCGGGAGAAAUUGAAAUAGCGAUGGAGGAUGAUAGCGAUGAAGAAUAUAACAUGCCACUAUCUCAGGUUUGUACUACACUAUCAAAAAAACCAAAAAUAAGUCAGCCCAAGUGGAGUAGCGAACCAGUGGAUUUGAAAAUGACAUCCGCUAAUGGCUACUCUAUUCGUUUGGAAAAAGUACGAGAACAAUUGUCUAGCUGUAAUGUCAUUCAAAUUUUUGAAAAACUGUUUGAUGAACAAGUUGUCAAUCUCCUAGUAGAACAAACCAAUAAAUACGCCACUGCCAGCAAUAAUCACAGCUUUCAAGUUACUGGUGAAGAAAUCAAGAUUUUUGUAGGUGUGCUUCUUUUUAGUGGUUACCAUAAGUUACCUCGUGCCCGUUUAUAUUGGUGUCUGGACGAAGAUGUGAAUGUGCCAUUUGUUUCGAAUUGUAUCAGUAGAAAUAGGUUUGAGGAGAUAAAAAAAUAUAUACACUUGGCAGAUAACACACAGAUUGACAGAAGUGAUAAAAUGUACAAAGUACGACCAUUGAUGAAUUUACUAAAUAAUAAGUUCCAACAGUUCGGGAUUUUUCACGAAUGUUUGUCGAUUGAUGAAGCUAUGGUGCGAUAUUUUGGACACCAUUCUGCAAAGCAGUUCAUCAAAGGUAAACCAGUACGCUUCGGCUAUAAAGACUGGAUGCUAUGUAGCUCCAGUGGUUAUUGUUAUGCCUUUGACACCUACUGUGGUGCUAAGCCAACAAAUAGUGAGGUUGAAAUUCCGAGGUCUACACUUCCCCUGGGAUCGCAGGUGGUAAUUGAUCUUUUAAAAGUUCUCAAAGAACCUACUGAUCACAUCGUGUUUUUUGAUAAUUAUUUCACUAGUUACGACCUGCUCACUACUUUGAGAGGAAACGGUGUACGAGCUACCGGAACAGUGCGAGAGAACCGUACAAAAAAGUGUCCUAUUCUUCCUUCCGCUCAGAUGAAAAAAAAAGACCGCGGUAAUUUCGAUUAUCGUUACGAUAAAGAAAAUUCUCUGCUUUUCGUGAGAUGGCAUGACAAUAGCGUCGUUACAAUGGCGACCAAUUACGACGGCAUUGAACCAAUGUCACAAGUAAAAAGAUGGUCGUCAAAGAAAAAGGAAAAGAUAUCAGUACCCCAACCGAAGCUUUUUCAGACAUACAAUGCAUUCAUGGGAGGGGUGGAUCUUUUAGAUCAGUCAGUCAACGGUUACCGUGUUGCGAUACAUGGCAAAAAGUGGUGGUGGGUUCUUUUCACCCACAUGAUAAACGUCACUGUUGUCAACGCAUGGAGACUAUACCAACUCGCUUUCCCACAAGACCCUAUGGACUUGCUAUUAUUUCAACGAAAUGUUACCCGUCAUUACCUACGGUCUUAUAACAAGUCAAUUCAAAGAAGAUCAACUUCAAGUCGACCAUCCGGUUCAUUACCUAGGAGUUUACUGGACGAUCCAACAGGCCACUUUCCCAAAAAAUUGUCGAAUCAACUACGUUGUAGCGUAUGUCACAGCAGAAUUAGAUGGGCUUGUGAGAAGUGUAAUGUUACUCUUUGUAUUGAGAGAGACUGUUUCAAGAUAUUUCACACGCGGAAAUAA